AUGGAGUCUGCCCCUGAUGACGAUCCUCAAACCUGGUCUAUCGAUCAAGUGAUUCACGAACUGUGCCACAACCUGAACCCAAGAUGGUCUACAUCCGCAGCCUCACAGCUUAUUCCUGACAGAGAAUCCCUAGAGGAUACCUUUCGACAAAAUCACGUCGAUGGAGAUACUCUUCUGGCGCUCGACAUGGCCACCCUCAAAGGCGAUCUGGGUAUAUCAUCCUUUGGCCAGAAGAGAGCUAUCAUAAGGGCUAUCGAGUACCUUCGCCUCCAUUCGCAGCAUUACCAACUCUCGGCAUUUACAGCUGAUAGUAUUGCGAGGUUACAGUCUCCCAGUUGCUCGACUCAGAUCCCACACCCAAGACUUUCUUUUGCCCCACAGUCUCCGGUCAUGCCAGGCUUGGGGACAGCUCAUGCUCUCGAUGCUCGUUCGACUUAUUCACCUGCAACUAGCAGUGGAGGCGGUCAGACUCAAACUUCGCGGCUGCAACAACAGGCGCUGCCUCAGGCGGAUCACCCUUUCCUCAAGCCCCAAAGCCUCGCCCAUCAACCCACCUCCCUGACAAAUCGUACAGCAGCGGAGAUAGACCCUCAUCCCACCCCGGCCGACAGUACAUUAGGUACACUUGAUUUUCUACAGGCAAAUGUCGACGCAGAGUUGUCUCUCAAUAAUUCAGCAACCAACGACUCUACAGCUUCCAUCGCUCUGGUGAAAGAUGAUCCUCCUACGCAUGCCAAACCAAAAAGAAAAAUUGCACCGACACUGUUUUCUCAAGCAGAAGCGCCUACCGACAAACAUUCCUAUCUUUCGAAUGAACCAAGGCUACCACAGGACACGUUCUACCACUGCCUCUCAACCGACUGGGGAGAUCAUUUGUGUCGCUUGCCAGACGACGAUGCAGCCAACUUCUACCUUGAAAACCAGAACCACCCAUCUGGAAGAAGGCAGAUCAUAGCUGCCCAGAUGAAACACUAUCUGCAACAGCCCGUCGAGAGAUUGCCUCGCAGCGGGUGGCUCUGGAGAAUACCUUAUGGUUCGAACCAUCGUAAAAGCCAUCACAAAAAGACUACCAGAAAGUCCUCGGAGCAGUUUUUCACCCUCUUUCCUGGAAAUGGCAGCCGACCAGUUGUGUGUGCACUUGCAGACUUUCCUGAAUUAAAAGAUACAGUUCAGCGAAAGUCUUUGCAUGAAACUCAUACGUCCAUAGCCCUUUCGUCUGAUAUGAUUGUUGCAGAAGCCCCACCAAAGACCGCAGAAUCUCGGAAUGAGGUAGAGACAUCGGGCCUUGAAGAGUUUGCGUAUCUGCUCGGUAAAUAUCCAGUUACGGAGGAAGAAGAGGCUCUACCUUUGUACGGAGAUUCCGGGGAUGAAGGAGAGCUUGAUGAAGCGACUUGGAAGGAAUAUGAAGAGGAGAGAGUAGAAAAGCAAAAUCUUUCCUUGCAUAUGACUGCCUCCGAGGUCGAAUCUACGAUAAAUGAAACCCUCGAAGAUUACCGGCGUGAAUGGAGUCAGACAAGACUGCCGAAAGCCCAAAUCAAGGCCUAUCGUUUAUGGAUGAUAUCCGCUAAACAGAAGAGCAGAAAGGGAGCCCUCGAACACUCUCAAUUUUGGAAGGAUCAUUCAACAAAUCAACUACGCAAGCUGAAGGAAGCAUUGCUCAAAGAUGUGUGGCACAAGCCUGCUGAUGUCAAACACCAGUGCCAGAGCAUGGAGCUCACAGUCUUCAGCAUCGAGGACCAUACGUAUUUUGUUCAAGCUCUUCUUUCAGAUGACCCACCACAGCGGCCAACCAGAGCCGAGUGUCUGUCGAAGCCAACGAAGCGACAACAGCCGUUAGAGGAUGGCGAAGAGCUCAUUGAAUCAGAUUCUGAUGUCAAUAGCGACUUGCAAGAUUUCCUGGACAGUAGUUCCGAUGCGGGAUCGAUCCACCAUGAACCUGAUCUAGACGAUUGGAGCCCUAUCAUCCCGAAGAAGGAGAUUAUAAGCCCUGCAGUGAAAGAUAAGAAUAUUUCCGAAGCUGCGCAAAACGCCGUGGCACCUAAUUUGGCAACAACUCUCACUGCCGAUCUUAAUGAUAACGAUGCCGACAUCGAGACUGACAGUGAUGACGCUAUUGUGACACCAAACUCCAGACGCAAAGCAUCGCCAGGUAGGAUUAUAUCACCCAGGAAGCUCACUGGCAAACAACAGGCAACGCCCAAGAAGAAGUUUGCUCUCCCUCCUAGCCCGGGAAGAAGAAUGCAGCUCGCUAACUCCGAUUCCGACUCUGAUCUUAACCUACUUUCGCGAGUGCCUAAAUCGAAAUACCGUCAGAAAGGAGACUCAAGAAUCUCUGCAAUCGAUUUGACCAUGUCUAGUCCUCCCUCUGCCGAGAAAAAGGGCAAAGAAACGAGCUCAGAAUUUGAUGUUCACACACCAGAGUUAAACCCGGAUCUGAACAGUUCCCCCUCUAGAAAGACUUCCAGGCAGUCCAGCAUCCACUCUCGAACGUCCCUAGGUUAUAACUCGGUUGAUUCAAGUCUUCCUCCGUGGGGUGAUUUUCAGGGUAUACGGAACACUGCUUGGGCCAGAAUAGAACGUCUUUGUGAUGGUCGACGAGCCCUUGCAAAAGCCGUUUACGACCUUAAGUUGUCGACUGCAACGAGCUUGUCGAGACUGAUCGCUCCUAUAUUUCAUGACAAUCCUAAGCACGACGGACGUGAGCUUAUCAUACUUGGGCUUACUGGUCUCGGGCGCGAUGAAGAUUCCGCAAUUGGCGCCAGCCUUGAGCUUGAUCAUCACACUCUUACUCUGGCAUUGCUCUACAUGAUCUACUGCGAUGGUCAGAACUUUCUCGAUAAAGUCGGACCCUCAGAUGGACACAUUCAAAAUGCGUACAAAGAGCUUGACGCAGGCCACCGCAUGUUCUUUGAUUUGCUUAAACGAUUACUGCGAAUUGCCCUUGGCAAACUCCUGGAACAAGAAACAGCAACGCACAAUGAGAAGAAGAGAAAGAAACAGUCAUUAAGCCCCCGUUUACUUAUAGAUGACACAGAUCUACAAAUGAGUGAUGGUUUCAGCACCGAUCUCGCAGAGCAAGUUCCUCCUCCUUCCUCAAAGAGGAGACGCAAGCGCAUUGUUGUUCAGAGCCAAGAAGCAAAAUCCCAACAGAAGAGUGACCAGCAGCGAAUCGAAGAGCAAGAAAAGCGCCGCAAGGUUAUGGAGCAACGAUUUGCUCAAAUUGAAACCAGUGGCAAUGUUGUUAGUCCCGUGAACUUUACUGAGCCAUAUGUCUACCUUGACCCUCAUAUUGCGUCACGUGUGAAGCCUCAUCAACUCAAAGGAAUCCAAUUCAUGUGGCGUGAGAUUAUCGAGGACCCUAAACACCAGGGAUGCAUUCUUGCUCACACCAUGGGCCUAGGCAAGACCAUGCAGGUCAUUUCUCUCCUAGUUACAAUUGCACAGUGCAUCCAAAGCCAUGAUCCCAAUAUGACAGAGCAUAUCCCUGUCCCAUGUCGCAACAAGAAAACUCUCAUUCUAUGUCCUGCCUCUCUACUCGAUAAUUGGUACGAUGAACUGGCCAUGUGGUGCCCCAAUCGAAACUUAUUGGGCAGCAUCCACAAGCUUGAUGUCGCGGAUGACCAAACUGUCAGAACCUGGGGAAAUAGUGGCGGUAUCCUUCUGAUAAGCUAUGACCGAUUCAGGAGCAUGGUCAAUAAGAGUGCGCAGGAAACAUCCGAUCAGUCAAAUUCCUUCAAAAGUCUGGAGAAGAUCCUACUGGAAGAGCCCAGCAUUGUCGUUGCGGACGAAGCUCACAUGAUGAAAAACCCAAAGUCAGCAAUAAAUCAAGUGACUAAGAGGUUCAAAACGCGCAGUCGUAUUGCUCUUACAGGUUCCCCACUGAACAACCAUCUGGAGGAAUAUCACGCCAUGGUCGACUGGAUUGCCCCUGAAUACCUCGGAAACAUAACCCAGUUUCGUGCGAAAUAUUCCGACCCCAUCAAUCAAGGGCUUUACGCGGAGAGCACAGCAUUUGAAAGACGUAGGGCGCUCAAAAAGUUACAUGUGCUCAAGCGCGAUCUGGAUCCGAAGAUCAAUCGCGCGGAUAUCUCUGCAGUUGAACAAGACAUGCCAUCCAAGACGGAUUAUUUCAUUACCAUAGCAGUCACUGAGUUGCAGAAGGAGGCGUACAAUACCUUUGUCCGUUACAUGUCCGAGGCUGUUUUGCCUGGGAAAGGAUUUCGUGCCAGACUAUGGGCCUGGAUUGCUAUCUUGCAGUUGCUUUGCAAUCAUCCGUCAUGUUGUUAUGAUAAGCUCCGAGAAUGCCAACGCAAUCUCCUCAAAAAUCCAGCUCAGGUCGCUGAUAAGAUGGUUGCAGAUAAAGAGCUUCAGAGCGACAAGAGCAGCCCAGAAACAGAACCUCAAAGUGACAAGAACAGCCCCAAAGAGGAUCCACCAGAUGACGUCGUAAUUGACAUUCAGGGGUCUAUGAAAGAAGCAAUGGAAAAGGUUCUGGAAGUCUUCGCGCCAAUCACAGCCGCAAGAGAAUUGAACAAUGCCGACCUCUCGUAUCGAAUGUCCUUGGUCCGUGACAUUGUCAAAGGUGCAGUGGCAAUUGGCGACAAGACUCUCAUAUUCUCACACAGCAUCUCGACCUUGACGUACCUGGAGAAAAUGCUUCGAGAGAUGGGGUGCGGGUACAUCCGGUUAGAUGGCAAUACUAAGCCAUCAAACAGACAGGCCAUGACCAAGUCUUUCAACAAGGAUACCAGCUACCAAGUAUUUCUCAUAUCCACGAAGGCCGGCGGACUAGGUAUGAACCUUCAAGGCGCAAAUCGUGUUAUCAUUCUUGACUUUUCCUACAAUCCAUCAUGGGAAGAACAGGCUAUUGGAAGAGCGUAUCGCCUCGGUCAAACUAGGCCAGUCUUCGUUUAUCGCUUCCGUGCAGGUUCUACCUUUGAAGAGGUUAUGUUCAACCAGGCUGUAUUCAAACAACAGGUGUUUCAGCGAGUUGUGGACCACAAAAACCCUGCUCGGCAUGCCUCGAAGGAUGCUUCGGAGUGGUUAUUUCCGGUGAAAGAGACGGAACAAAAGGAAUUUGACGAAUGUAUUGGCAAAGACCCCAGCGUUCUUGACACAAUCAUCAAGCGUGUUGACUAUAUUCGAAACAUUGAGCUCACCGAGACAUUCCAAAGAGAAGAUGAUGAAAAGUUAAAUGAGGAAGACGUUAAAGAGGCUGAGGCUGAAUUUCUGAUGGAGCGACUAUUUCGGGAAAACCCAGAAGCAUACUAUGCUAAGCAGCAGGAGGAAGCUCGGCAGCAGCAAGCUCUCCGUGCAGGAAACACAUUUCGGAGCCAAUAUCCCUCCCGGUUUCCUGGUCCUCCAGUUCACUCACCCCACUUCCAGAAUAUUCAAACGCCCGCCAGCAUACAUGGCUAUACGCGAUCAGGCCCAGCAUUCGGGAUCCCAAGUUCAGAACUUUCCCCGAUACCAGUUAGCAGAUCCGAUAUGCAUGUAUCGGCGGCUCCCUGGUCAGAGGAAAUAGCCCGGCAGAAUAAAAGGCAAACGCUCGAACGAACGACCGACGAUCAUAUUCAACGGCUGGAACCAUUCGCGCCAGUUUCAGGCGAGGGUGCCGGAAGCUGA